AUGGCACACCAAAACGAAUUAAAAGAAACUGAGCUCCAGGUCCCUGACGCCUUCAAGGCCUGCGAAGCCCUCUCCAAACAGAUCGACGCCUUCUCUGAGAAACACCUCAACGGCAAGUUGACUACCGAAAAAUUACCAUCGGUCUGCCUGCAUAGCACCAAGCUACUCGAAGUUAUGAAGGCGGCUUUGAAUGAAGCCAGGACCAAGGUCCCGGUGGAGAACAAGCAUAAGUGGGUAGAGCAUUGGACCUGGAUGCAGUGGUAUGAGGAGGCCGUGGCGACUAUGGAGCAAAUCGACAACACGCUACAGACUCACGACAGGCUGAGUAAGCAAUCGAUACUUAUGCUUGAGUCUGCGUACAGGACGUUAGACUAUCUAGAGCCCCAUGAAGCCGCGGAAGUAUUACAGGAGGUGGAGAUUAUGAAGGCGUCGUUUAGGCGAGACGGCGAUUGA